UGACUGCAGCAAGGCACAGUCGCGUCAGGAUGCGUGCGGGUCAGAGCCAAGCACGAAGUUCUUAAAGACAAAAAAAAAAGGAAGGAUGCAGAGCUUGUGGGGCGAGUUGGGCGACAUAAUUGAAAUAAAAUAGUUAAAUACAAGAAUGAGAAAGACAAACGAUGAUGGAGACCAUUACUGCGCUGGGUAGAUUUUAGGUUUGGCGCGCGCUGGGGAAUUCAUUCCUUUGGAAAGGCGAUGUCUGAUGGGCGAAUAUACACCUGGAUUUCUCUGGAAUACAAACCAACAGAAAGGGUUUUCCUCGGGAGAGGGCGUAUGUGUAUGAAGGAGACUAAUACAAGUAAAGAGAAAAGUUAGUUAAGAGACUGCUAUUAAUUUGAUUAUGACAAGUUUUGAACAUAUUUUUACGCGUAGGAACCUUGGGAAAUAGUCACAUGUGAAUCCGUCAGUAAUCUGUUAUUAUUCGAAGUGCUUCCGAAACCAAUCAGAGAGAAACAGAGACAUGUAUCUGGGUAAAACUCUUCUGUUUGUCCUACUCUUAAACUGCGCCACCACGAGCCUAUCUUUCUCAACAUGCGCUACCGUAGAUAUAGACCAUGUGAAGCGGAAAAGGGUCGAGGCGAUACGGGGACAGAUACUGAGUAAGCUCCGGACGACCAGCCCGCCACACUCCCUGGGACCCAGUCAGGUCCCCUACCAGAUCCAGGCCUUGUAUAACAGUACCCGGGAGCUGCUUGAGGAGUUGGGGAGAGACCGGCAGCAAAGUUGCGGCCAAGACAACACGGAGACCGAAUAUUAUGCCAAAGAGAUAUACAAGUUCAACAUGGUCCAAGGGCCGCCUGACAACAAUGACCUUCCAUACUGUCCUAAAGGAAUCACUUCCAAAGUGUUCCGUUUCAACAUCUCAGUGAUGGAGAGGAAUUCCACCAACCUGUUCCGAGCCGAGUUCCGAGCUCUGAGGGUUCCAAACUCUGCUGCCAAUAGGAACGAACAGAGGGUGGAGCUCUACCAGAUCCUGAGGCCAGACGAGCACAUAGCUAAACAACGCUACAUUGGAGCCAAGAACGUGCUGACCAAGGGAACGCCCGAAUGGGUCUCCUUCGAUGUGACAGAGACGGUACAGGAGUGGCUGAUGUACAGAGAGACCAACCUGGGUCUGGAGAUCAGCGUACACUGCCCGUGCCACACCUUCAACCCCAACGGUGACAUCAUCGACAAUGUGAACGAGGUGCUGGAGGUCAAGUUCAAAGGGGUAGAAGGGGAGUAUGAGGAGCAGGGUCGUUGGGACCUGGGCAGGUUGAAGAAACAGAAGGAGCGGUCCCUGCCUCAUCUCAUCCUCAUGAUGAUCCCUCCUCACCGUCUGGACCCACAGCCACGUAGACACAAACGGGCCCUGGACACCAACUACUGCUUCUCCACUGUUGAGGAGAACUGCUGUGUUCGUCGUCUCUACAUCGACUUCCGUCGGGACCUGGACUGGAAGUGGAUCCACGAGCCUAAAGGAUACUUCGCUAACUACUGCUCUGGACCCUGCCCUUACCUGAGGAGCUCCGAUACCACGCACACACAGCUGCUGAGCCUGUAUAACACUCUGAACCCAGAGGCUUCAGCCUCUCCCUGCUGCGUUCCCCAGGACCUGGAGCCUCUUACCAUUCUCUACUACUCUGGACGUACCCCUAAAGUAGAGCAGCUAUCCAACAUGAUCGUCAAAUCCUGCAAAUGCAGCUGAAGAGGUUCGGGAGUAGGCCCGAAGCAGGGGAGUAGGGUGGUGGGGUUGUCCCACGGAAGGUGACCUGUAUUGGGGCACUAGAGCCAGCCAGCCUGCCUAGCUGUAGAAGACUACCACCAUCCAUGUUAUUUUGUAUUCGGACUAUGUUGCCUGCCACGUGGCUCUUAACACCACUUGAACUGAAGGACCCUAUCCUCGUGUGAGGAGGACAUAGUAUGUCAGACUUUGCGAUUCUAACUUCUAAUCUUCAUCAUCGUUAUUUUUUUAGAGAGAGAGAGAGACGCCAAAUAGUUUCAUUUUGCCAUGUUUAACAAACUGGGUUUCCUUCACCUUCCUACAAACAGUGGGCAUUAUUCAUAACACACAAAGGAGAAAGGACAGACUAGCUGCCGUAUCCAAAGACAGGCAGAGGGGAAGGAGAAAGGACUAUGAGACGGAGAGAGAAGAGAGAGAGAGAGAGAGAGAGAGAGGAGAGAGAGAGAGAGAGAGAGAGAGAGAGAGAGAGAGAGAGAGAGAGAGAGAGUAGAGAGAGAAUGCCUGCAGGAUUUGCAAUGGAAAGUAAAGUGAGCAGAAGAGAUAGAAGCCAAGAUUAUUAUUUUUUUUAUUAUUAUUUUUUUGUCCAACCAAAAAAGCAGCGACCAUUUUUUUGUUUGUUGUCGUCUUCGAAUGCAAACGGAGCGGAGGGAGGAAGGACCUUUACAGAAAGAAGAGAAAUAUGUUAUUCUGUGGCUACUAGCCAUUUAGCACUCUUCCAAAACACCCACCGCGGCUCCCUUUGAAGACUUUCUUGACAUGUUUGAAUUAAAAAAGAAAUAAAUACAUCGGACCCAAACACAAUGUGCUGGAAAAUAAUAUUCAUCUGUAAAACUCCUUAUGUACAAAUGUUUCUUCUUCUUCUUCUUCUUCUUCUUCUUCUUCUUCUUCUUGAAAUUGGCAGAUGUUCUCUGUUAUGCAGCGUGUUGUCAUACGGUGAUUGAUUGAUUGUUGCUGUAUCUGUCUAAUCCCUUUGAUAUUAAACUGUUAAACUCGUCA